AGUAUAUCAAGAAGGACCCUUUGAAACAAAAACAGCUUCUUUUGCAGAUAGAAAGAGAGAGAAAGAGGGAGAGGGAAAAUAAAAAAAAAAAUCAUGGCCACACUCUCUCACUCCUCUUAUCUUCUUCUUCUUCUCUAUUAGUGGAAAAAAGGUCAAAAAAUAUUUGAUAAAAAAUCGUUUUUUGGGUAGUUAUUUUGGGGGGAGAAAUGGAUUUUGAGGAUCAGGAGGAGCAAGAAGAAGAGAUGGGUUUGGCACCGAGUUAUGACUCGCUAGCAAACUCAUCUCGGGUCAAAAUGUCAGGUGUUGAACCGGGUUCGAUAACUCCAACGGGUCAGCAGCAGCAACAGCAACAGAGGAAGCCAAGGUAUAGAGAGUGCUUGAAGAACCACGCGUUGGGAAUCGGCGGUCACGCCGUCGACGGUUGCGGUGAGUUCAUGGCGGCUGGAGUUGAAGGCACCCUCGACGCUCUCAAAUGCGCCGCUUGCAACUGCCACCGCAACUUCCACCGUAAGGAACCCGAACUCGGUUCCCCAAACUCCGUUCCCACGACGGACCUCUACCUCCACCACCACCAGCCGCCGCAAUUCGCUCCUUACUUUAGGGCACCAGCAGGGUACCUCCACUUGGCAGGACAACAAAGGCCAUUAGCUUUACCGUCGACGUCAGGAGGCGGGGGAGGGCACAGCAGGGACGAUCAAGAGGAUGUUUCGAAUCAAGGGAGCUCAAGGAAGAGGUUUAGAACGAAGUUUACGCAGGAGCAAAAGGACAAGAUGUUGGGGUUGGCUGAGAGGUUAGGGUGGCGGAUUCAGAAACAUGAUGAAGCGGUUGUUCAACAGUUCUGCAACGAAAAUGGGGUGAAAAGGCAUGUGUUGAAAGUUUGGAUGCAUAAUAACAAGCACACACUUGAUGCUGUUGCAUCGAGCAAAGUGGAGACAUGCAAUGCAAUGCAAGAGGCUUGAAAAUGGAAGAGAGGUCUAACUGGUUUUGAGCAUGGGAAUUAUGAUCUUUCCUGAGUAAGCUUUUUCAGUUUAACUGAGAUAACAAGCGGGAAGGAUCAAUGACGAUUUUACUUGGAGACAUGAACGUUGGCUGUAAUCUUAAAGUUCAUUUGCUGUUUGCACAAGUAUUUCGUUUACAUGCGUCUCUCUGCAUUUAUGGGUUAAUGGUCCUUUGUGUGAGUCUUUUACUUCGCCUAACCAACCUUUUUGUUUGAGUCCAGUGAUUCUCAGCUAGCAACCGUUGAUAUAUGUACUUGAGAAAGUGAGAAAAAGGAAGAUGAGAGAGGGGUUUGAGCUUCAGUUUGAAGCAUGAUGGGUGGCAUUGAAUGAGUGUACUUUUCUUAUCGACUUUUUUCAACAUUGAUCCUUCUUCCUCCAUUCAA